UCCUCCGCAGCGCCUGCGCGCUGCGCCCCCGGCCUGUGCGGGGGCCGGGCCAGUGCGGUGCUGCCGGUGCCAGCGUGGGUCUCGGUGUCUACCGCAGUCUGGCUGUCGGGCUUUCGCUUUCUCUCCCUCUGCUCAGCGCCGGCCCCUUCUUCCUUCCGCAGGGCCCUGCAGGCGGUUUGAAAUUUGCCGCAGUCUCUCACUCGAGUUCUCGAUGUGGCCGUAAGCGCCUGGCGCUGAAGGGGAGGAGGCAAGCGCGCGGGGCGGGGAAGAGAAGGGCGGCCUGGAGCGGAGCGGCUUUUCUGCCUGCAGCUCGGGUUCCCCGGCCCCUCACGGGAACGGGGGUAGGGGACGGUGGAGAGCGUCAGGCGUAGGGAGAGAGGCAAGGAAGGAGCCUGAAGUGAUUCCGGGAUCUGCGAGCCCCCCACACCCCUGGAAGUGGCGGAGGGAAGAGUGAAACAAUUCCCGUCCCUCCUGGAGCGUCCCGGUUCUGCGGCAGGCUGGCCCGCAGGUUCAGAGAAUAAAAAUGGGAACUCCUGGAUCAGGACGGAAGAGAACUCCAGUGAAAGACAGAUUUUCUGCAGAAGAUGAAGCUCUAAGCAACAUUGCCAGAGAGGCAGAAGCCAGACUUGCAGCAAAACGGGCAGCUCGAGCAGAAGCAAGAGAUAUACGUAUGAGAGAGCUGGAGCGUCAGCAAAAAGAGCUGGAAGAAAAGAGUGAAAAAUCACAUUCAGAAAUAUUUUCAAGGCCCUCAUCUCGCAAUUCAGUAAAUGCAGCUCCUCAGAGUGGCAACUCAUCUAGGAGAGGAAGCGGAGAUGCAAGCAGUUUGCUGGAUCCUGAUGCCUCCCUCAGUGAAUUACGGGAUAUCUAUGAUCUUAAGGACCAGAUACAUGAUGUAGAAGGGAGAUACAUGCAGGGACUUAAAGAAUUAAAGGAUUCACUAGCUGAAGUUGAAGAGAAGUACAAGAAAGCUAUGGUUUCCAAUGCUCAACUAGACAAUGAGAAAAACAACUUGAUUUACCAAGUGGAUACUUUAAAGGAUGUUAUUGAGGAGAAAGAAGAACAGAUAGCAGAGUUCUAUAGGGAGAACGAAGAGAAGUCAAAGGAAUUGGAAAGACAGAAACACAACUGCAGUGUUCUGCAGCAUAAGCUGGAUGAACUUAAAGAGGGCCUUCGACAGAGAGAUGAAUUGAUAGAGGCGAAUCAACGUAUGCAGGAGAAUAUAGACUCCAUAACCAAAGAAGUGUUUCAUCUCCAGGAGACAAAUAAUUGGAAAGAUAAAAAAAUAGGGGCCCUAGAAAGACAGAAAGAUUACUUUGCCUGCAUUAAGAAUGAGCGAGAUGAGCUCAGAGAGGAGUUGGCUGACCUGAAGGAAACAAUGAAGAGAGGACAGAAACAUGGAUUAGUUAUAAUUCCAGAUGGCACACCAAAUGGUGAUCUAAACCAUGAAUCAGUGGUUGGUACAAUAACGGUUGUAUCACAGGAAGCUGCUCAGGUCUUGGAAUCUGCAGGAGAAGGACCACUAGAUAUCAGGCUACGAAAACUGGCUGGAGAAAAGGAGGAAUUACUGUCCCAGGUUAGAAAACUGAAGAUGCAGUUAGAAGAAGAACGACAGAAAUACUCUAAAAGUGAUAGCAUGAAUCCAGAUUCAAUAGACUUGGAAAAUGGCUCUGACUUGCAGCUAAUUGAAAUGCAAAGAGAUGCCAACAGACAAAUUAGUGAAUACAAAUUUAAGCUUUCAAAAGCUGAACAAGAUAUAACUACUUUGGAACAAAAUAUUGGACGACUUGAGGGACAGGUUGCAAGGUAUAAAAAUGCAGCAGAAAAUGCAGAAAAAGUAGAAGAUGAACUCAAAGCUGAAAAAAGGAAGCUUCAGCGAGAGUUAAGAACAGCACUGGAUAAGAUAGAAGAAAUGGAGAUGACCAAUAACCAUUUAAUGAAGAGGCUGGAGAAGAUGAAGGCAAAUAGGACUGCGCUUUUAUCUCAACAGUGAAAUGGAAAUUGAAAAUACAAUGCACUGCUCCUUGAAUAACUAGUCCCUAGCUUGUUUAUAAAUACAGACUUUCAGUGGCACAAACUAUUUGAACACUGAGCUAUUCACUGGUGGUUUAGUUUCAUAAUUAAAUGACAUACUUUUUGUAAUUUAUGAGAGAAUGAAAGGUAGUUUGAAUUCCCAUGUGAAUGACAGCAAUUUUUCAGUAGUGUUUGAUUCUAGAGUCAAAGAUGGAGCACAAUGCUGUAUGUUUUUACAACUGUGGAAUCAAGUUUACUCACGAUCUCUUUUGGCUGCUUUAAUGAUGCUUGAUGCUCAGAGACAGCUGCAUGAAUGCAAGAACACUGUUAUGAAACUAACAUAUACUUGCCUAAGACAUCACACAACACAAGUGCCUUUUAUCUGGUGCAAUUUAGUUUUCAUUGUUGAAAUAACCUUUGAAACCAGAAAGCAUUUUAUUUUAAGAUACAUUUGGGGUAUCCCCUAAACUUUAUAUGUUUUGAAAAUACAUUUUUAAAAAUAUUUAAAUUUAUAAGAAAAAAUAGGGACUGUAUAUAAAGAUCGGCUUCUUUUGCAUGGGCACAUCUGACUUCUAUGUAAUUUUGUCAAAUACUAGCCCCUGGUACUCUUAGCAUUAAGAGUGCAAAUUUAAAAACUUAAGUUGUACACCAUCAAAUUGUGUCAUCUGCUUAAGUGCAAAUUGAAACUUAAUGGGGGGAAGAAGGGGUGAGAAAUGUGGCUAAGGAGUUUAUUAAAUGGACACUUUACUGACCAAAA